AUGGCUGCGACCCUAGGAGCAGAGCGUCGUGGCCGCUAAGACCUGGUGCUCUUCGACUGCUUGGCUUAUCCGGGACCCUGCUGCAGAGCGUGCCCCACUGGGGGCCCCUGGCUCAGCCAUGCUGGCCUGUCUGCAGAGGACCCAGAACCCGCCUGGCCAGCACCUGGCCUGCCCGAGCAAGAGCCUGGAGCUGCGCAAGUGUGAGACCACAGCCAGCUCCAUGCACUCCUCCCGCUACCCGAGCCCAGCUGAGCUGGAUGCCUACGCUGAGAAGGUGGCCAACAGCCCGCUGUCCAUCAAGAUCUUUCCCACCAACAUCCGUGUGCCCCAGCACAAGCACCUCAGCCGCACUGUCAACGGCUAUGACACCAGUGGCCAGCGCUACAGCCCCUACCCGCAGCACGCUGCUGGCUACCAGGGGCUGCUGGCCAUUGUCAAGGCUGCUGUCUCUUCCAGCGCAGCAGCCCCCACCGGGCCUGCCAAAAGCGUGCUCAAGAGCGCCGAGGGCAAGCGGACCAAGCUGUCACCAGCCACCGUGCAGGUGGGCAUCGCACCCUACCCAGCGCCCAGCACCCUGGGGCCCUUGGCCUACCCCAAGCCACCCGAGGCACCUGCCCCGCCUCCCAGCCUGCCUGCAGCCGCCACUGCCGCCUCUGUCAUCCCUCUGCCAGGCCGAGGCCUGCCCCUGCCGCCCUCUAACCUGCCUUCCAUCCACAGCAUCCUCUACCAGCUCAACCAGCAGUGUCAGGCCCCAGGCACUGCACCCGCCACCUGCCAGGCGGUGGCUGUUCCCCACCCCAGCCCAGCCAAGCAUGGCCCGGUGCCCAGCUUCCCUAGCGUGGCCUACUCAGCAACAGCUGGCCUGCCCGACUGCCGGAAAGGCGCAGAGCUGGGUCCUGGGGGCACUCCUGCCCUGACAAUAGCUGGGGCCACCAAGCCUGCAGGGUACGUGGAAGGUGGCCUGGAUUACCUGCUAUGGCCGCAGAAGCCACCCCCGCCGCCGCCCCAGCCCCUGCGUGCUUAUAGCAGCGGCACAGCAGCCAGCAAGUCCCCAGAGGCCUGUGGCAGCCGGGCCUAUGAGCGGGCUAGCGGGUCACCCCUCAACUGCAGCGUGGGGCUGCCAGCCAGCUUCACUGUGGGCCAGUACUUUGCUGCCCCCUGGAACAGCGUGCUGGUGACCCCCACCAGCGACUGCUACAACCCUGCUGCGGCAGCAGUGGCUGUGACUGAGCUGGGGCCCGGAGCCACCCGGGAGUUGGCGGGGCCUCCUGCAGACGCCCUGUCAGGCCUGCCCAGCAAGAGUGUGUGCAACACCUCCGUGCUGAGCAGCAGCCUGCAGUCGCUGGAGUACCUCAUCAAUGACAUCCGUCCACCCUGCAUCAAGGAGCAGAUGCUGGGCAAGGGCUAUGAAACGGUGGCAGUGCCCCGGCUGCUCGACCACCAGCACGCCCACAUCCGCCUGCCCGUCUACAGAUAGGUUUGCCAGGUGGAUGCUCAGACGGAUGGACAGUGCGCCAGGUGGGGGCGCAGGCCGAGAGCAGGGUGGGUGGCUCGCUCCCUGGAUGUUCAGCCUCACCCUGUGCCCACGGGAUGCCCUGGUAAGCCGGGCUUGGGGCAGGUGGAGGGGGGUAGGGUGACCUCCCCUGCUGAAGCCCCUCCCUGAUCGCUGGCCCAGGACUUGAGGAGAGCCUGAGGGGGGCUGGAGUCCUCUACGCCUCCAUUCAGGCUGCCAAGGGCGGAGAGAGAGAAACCACUUACAUAGAGGGAUGGUUCUUUCUGGAUCUCUACCACAGGGCUCAGGCUGGGGCAGGGCUGUCAUGCGUUGCAUCCACCCACUGCCACAAGCCCCCCAAAAAGGAACAGAUGGGGCCUAUGAGAAGUCACUGGGCCCAAAAUAGUCCCACACCAGCCAACCCAGGUGAAGAUCACUCUGACCUUAGAAUCCUAGAGGCCCUGGGACUCCUGGUCCCCGUUCCUCCCCCCUCAGAUUCUGUCCCAACCCACUCCUUCCUCACACAGAAUCACUUUCCCUACUCUACACCCUGCGCCAGCAUCAUCUCCUCUCUCUCCAGUACCUCUUGUAGGGCUGCGGGGUGCGGCUCUGCAGCUGCGCACUGCAAAGGCGCCUCACCCGAGGGGACCCCACUUGGCAUUCUAGACUUGUAUAUUUAUCACAGCUUUCUUCAUCUAGAGGAAGGGGCACCAUUUUCCUAUUCGCACAAAGGCACCGUUGGGGCCUAACAAUGGGCCUGCAGACUCCAGACCCCGCUCAGAGGGCCUCCACGUUGUCUUCAGUAAGAAGAGAAGGUGGGGCCGGCCCAUUGGUUUUGGAAUCAUCAAACUCCUGUAGUCCACCCUCCAAGGCCCAGGGGGAGAGAGGCAGGGGUUCCCCCGAGGCCUGAAGCCCCCCGUGUCCAGUCCCCUCCCCGGCACUCCAGAAGCGGUACUGUAUCUCUCUCCAAGGCCUGUUCAAGCACUAAGUGCAUUUACAAAUCUCUGAGAAUGUUUUUUUUUAUACUAAAAUUGACCAUUAUAUUCUACUGUGAGAAGUGCAGCCUGCACUAUAUUGUUUUAAAAACGAAGAGAAAGAAAAAAAAAGAGGAAAACACAGAUGGUGUCUCAGCUGUUGGCUUGCUCUGUAGCUCUUUCCAUCCCGCGCACUGCCUCCCUUAGGGCCAUGCAGGCGGCCUCCCCUCCCCCGCGCUGGCCGCUGGCCUGGCUGCCUCAGGGAAACGCCCCAGGACCCUCAGGGCACCUGCUGCGCCUGGGUGCCUGGCCUCUGCCUUGCCUUGCUUGGCGUCACACCGGGGCUCUCGAUCUCUGGCAUGGGCCGAGAUCAUUGUGCAGACUGGGGGGUCAGGGCGAGCUAAGCACUGGCUCGUGGCCUCUGUGGCAGUCUGGGGACACCCCUCCACCCGCUCCAUCCCAGGGCUGUUUCUGGUUUGGGGGACAGGCUGUCUCCUAGCUGCGGAUACCCAGCCCACACCCACCUUGCCCUAACCUGGAGAUUUGCAACAGGCAUCACCUGUCCUAGGAAGCGCAGCAUUCCUUGAGCACUCCAUCUCUGAGCCCCAGACACCUUUGUAAGACUGGAGUUGUUAAGAGAGCAAGACUCUCAGGCUCAGAGACAUGAGGGGAGCUGCCCAAGGCUGCGCAGCAGGUCCAUGAAAAGCCAGGCUUCCUCGCCGCUUAUCCCUGUCCUUGCUUCCUCCUGCCCUUCGAGCCUGGCCUGCUGACCCAACACCUGGUCCGGGGCAGCCACAGCCCUAGCCCAAGGCAGGCCUUCUGCCUGUGUCCUGAACACUGCCUGCCCAGUGGAAGGGAGGGCAUCCACGGAAAGCAGGGUGUCCCUGAAUCUGGCAGCGCACACAGCCCCACAUCUGCGUCUGUGAGCCGAGUGUAGCGCACAGCCCACUGGGCACAGGAGCCCAGGUCCUGCUGGGGGCCAGGCUGGGAAAGUCAGGGCUAGGCCACAGCCACCAGGAGCAAUCUUCCUGGCUCCUAAUGAGCAUAAACAGCUGUUCCUAAGUGCCUCUCUGGUCUCACUUGGCCCCCGUUUCACAAAAACCCUAUCAGGUGAGUGAUGAGAUCAUGCCCAUUUACAGAGGGUCCCCACAGGGUCGGUGAGGGAGCCAGGAGUCCACGCCCCAUGUCACCGAAGCCCACCUGGGCAUCCAGAGCAAGUAGACCAGGCUCCCAUGAGUGCCCUGAGCCGACCUUUCCCCAAGAAGGCCAUGCCGCAGAGACAGAGCCAAGGGCCCUGAUGCCCACAGGGCCUUGGGCAGGGCAGGCAGUGCGCAGGGAGGAGGCCAUGCCUAGAGCUGGGCAGUAGCUUGUGGCCCAACUUUUCUGGGGGCCACCACAAAGCCACCUAAGCACCAACCUGUCCCCUUCUCCCCCCACCCCCCGUCACCUAGGUGCCCAUUUGUGAUCUUGGCAGAGGACCCACUCCCCUCCUGGAAAGACCCGAUGGUCCUUGCACUGGGCUGGGGUGGAGGUCUGCCCUGGCUGGAUCCCAUCUCCCUGGGCCUCAGUUUCCCCAGUGGGACACCUGAGUGGUGGUUGGUCACGAAGGGCCCUCUACUAUAGCCAUUCUAGUGGGAAUGCAUGCGCAGUCCCACAGCGGGACAGGAAAAACCCCAAAGUUGUAAUCAUCGGUAGCCUGUGGUCUUGCAACCAGAAGGCAGCCUGGCCGCCAGAUGCCACCGCCUCCCACCACGCAGGCGCAUGCUUAUUAGAGAUGAGGCCUACUGGUGGGUAGUCGCCACCCAAAGCCACGCAGCCGGGGAUGCAGAAUGGAGAAGUAGCCAGGAGGGAGCACAGCCAUCCCAUCCACGGCCGGAGCUGGGAGCCACUGUGCCAAGCAGAGAACACCCAACCUUGCCAUCCUGGCAGCGGCACUUUGGCUCCCGAAGGCAAGGGGGACUUUCUGCGGGAAAGGAGACCCAGACGAGGCCAACCCACCAGGGAGCAUCCUGUCUGUUCAAGCCUCUUACUGAGCUCAGGCAGGAUCCCGCAUGUGCGCGCACACGGAACCCUCCUAGGCAUACAGCCCCAUUUCCCCACAUGUGGGACCACACAUUCCCCCAGGAAGUUGACACCAGUUGACCACUUUGAACUUCUGGGCUUGAUCACUUCCAACCAGCCCUCCCAGGCGCUCCAAGCCGCAGCCUCAGCACCAAGCCGAUCCACAAGCUCUGAUCCUGUACCACUGCCCCACGCGCCUGUGCCGUACUGAGCCUGCAUAACACACGGGUAGUGCUCUUAAAGCCCCCUCCCCAUCCCUGUGCACACCUAUGAUCCCCACUCUGGGAGCCCAAGGCAGGAGGAUUGCGAGUCGCAACUUAGCCUGGGCAACUUAGUGACUUACCAAGACCUUGUCUCCAGAAAAUACAAAAGGUCUUAAGGAUGUGGCUCGCUGGGAAGGC